CCAUAGUAUCGGUCCUCUCAACGCUACUUCUAAUACCGGGUUUACUCUUUGACUCAAUGACCUCCCUGCAAUGGUCGUCUACGCCUGGGUAUUAGAGCGGAGACCGAUGAUAUUCCCUGAGCGUAAGCUCGUCCAGGAAACUGAUGAUGGCUUUUAAAGCCUGGUAAAAGAGCUAGAAUAAGAUUUUACAUUCUCUUGAAAAGUUCAUUCAUGAUGACGGUCGGAAUACCCGCAGCCUGUCAGUUGCAUUCUAAUCCAUGAUAUACAAGCUCAUGCGAGGUCGUGAGGCGACUGUCCUCGAGGAGUGGCGCUGCCGCCUGUCUGAGGUCUCUCUCAAAUUUGAGGUUCAUAACAGCUGAUCUUAUUAUUACGGCCUCCCGUGGACCCACGAAUACUUGGUGCAGGGUCAAACCCUUCAUCUAUUAACAUGCUUCUGCAAUAUUGGAAGAUCACUGAUCAUUCUACAGAAUCGCAUUAUUAUUGUAAUAACACGGGCGAGGUAACAAAGGCAAGCACAUUUUUGGGACAAUAGACGCUUUAUUUGGCUACUCCGGGUACGGACCGACAUUUAUUUGUACACCGGGUCCUGUUGCCGUCACCUUCCGUAUUUGGGACCGAUACUAUUUGGCUCCUUCCCAUUCGGCUCCCGGUGUCCAAACAAAGCGUCUCUUGACCUUUUGACGCUUUUGGGAGCGCAUUGUACUGCGGCAAGCCUGCCCUAGAAGGGAACAAUAACGAGGUCUUCUUAUUCUUCUCUGUCGAUUAUAAUGCAGGACGGGAGAUAUGGCGGUCGCUCUCGCUCGUUCUCCCUUUUUCCUCUUCACUUCCAUCUGCAACUCCAAGCAAUUCAACACGACCCGACACGAACAUGAACGCCGCGUCUUUUUUGAAGAGACAACAACGCACAACCACUCGACGAAACCCUUCCAUUUCCAUCUCAUCAUUGACCUCCACUGCUUCCACCUCCACAGCAUCUUCACUACUGAGCUCAUGCUCGUUACUCCCAUACAAGUCUACACCGAGGAAGAAAGCCGUCCCUCAGCUGCAGAUAAUCACUGAAGAUUCGGAAGAUCUCUUUGAUUCUCCCAGGCCAUCGUUUUCUUCCGGCAGAAGUACACCUGACAGGAGGAGACCAAAGAUAUCCACCAUCCGUCUUGCCAAACGUCGAUCGGAAGAAGACAUCCUUUCCAAUGAUUCGAUGCUCUCUGUACCAAGACCGGCGCCUCGCCCGCCAACACCUGGCUCUUCCUCUGCACGCUCGUCACGGUCCGCCUCGCCUGCAUCCUUCUCCCGUUCACCAUCACCGUUGCCUCGAUCGGCAACCCCUUCGCCCGAUGCCCUCCAUAUCUCAUUCCAAUUUCCCCAUUCUCCUCCUCGAUCCUACACAUCGCCUUCGCCAUUCUCAUCUCCGAGCUCCAUCUCAUCUGGCUUACCCAUCACACCGGAGGAGUCACCAGCAUCUUCACCGCGAUUCGGUCCACAUUUACGCUCAGACUCGUCACCCUGCUCGUUGACGAGACUCAAGACAAUUAAGCCUUUGACGAUCGUGAAGCGGAAUGACCUUGCAUUCGACAAGUUCUUCUCUUCCCCUAUCAGUCCAUCCGUUUCCUCCCCAUGUUUCACGGACCUAGAGGAGGGAAUGACGAUAGAGCCAAUCUCUUUCGCAUUACCCACCUCACCCUUCGUUGAGAAAGCCUCUUGCGAUCCAUUCGUGGUCGUACCCUCCCUUCAAACACCAGUGUCGGAAUCUGAGGAUUCAGAUACAGAAGAAGAGUUCUACGCAUCCUCUAUCAGCUCUUUGUUGACUAUUCGCUCUUCAACGCCUCACAAACACGACCUUCUCCCACGAGCACGACCUGAGUCCCUCGCUCCUCCCCCACAACCACGAUGUCGGGUCUCAGUUUCUCUACCCGACACCCCCCAUACUCCUGCCUCAAUCAAUGAAUCCCGGAAAGCGUGUUUCCCCAGUGCACAAUUAGACCCCGCUUGGUCGAGAAGAAGUUUCCUAAUACCUUCGCGACCGCCUCCACCGCCUCCCAUAUCGCAACGUGCCACUUCCAGUUCCCCAGGAGUACCCACACUCUCAAGGAAAUCCCGCCCACCAUCCCUCAUACUCACCAAAGCACUUCCUCGGUCAAGCGUCGUGCCAUCUGACGAAGGCGUUGAUGGGAGUUCUAUUUUCAGCUUUUACGGUAUCUCACCCUUCGCUGAUAGCGAUUACCUUGCCACCGAAAACUCUGCCUCGUCUUCAGACCUGUCCUGUGGCAGUUUAUCAUCUGCAGGACGUUCAGAAGCCAGCUCUUUGCCUACCUCCCCCUGCUCAGAGGUUGGCGAGGACAGUGGCGUUGUUGUUUCGGAUGUCGACAUUGAUCUUGACGUUCACGAUUUGGAAGUUGAACUGGACGCGUUCGACCUUGAAUUCGACGUCGAUUUGGACCAUCACCAGUUUGAUAUGGAGGGUGAUUUGAAGUUGCCGGUUUCGUUACCUGGCUCUCCUGUGCCUUUUACUCCGGUUGAAGAUGGCGAGCCGUUGGCGAAGGUGCAACAAGAGGAUGACGAAGAGCUGGAGCGGGAUCCUCGACCGGUGUUGAAAUCUCGUUGGUCUUCCUCUACGCUUUCCUCUGUUCAGCUUCAAUCUCCGCGAACGCCCGCUACCUCUGCGGUUAGCAAGUUCAAGUUGUACUUCCGUGGGAACAACCACAACAACACAACUAUGACCUCUACUUCACCCCGUACAACGAAGAAAAAGAGGGGUAUUGUCAUUGUUGGGCCUUCGGCCUCUGGUACUUCUGCUACGAGGAUGCGGAGGUCUACGAGUGCUAGCGGUAGUUACAGCAGUAGACAUUCGUAUGGCUUCUCACAAGCGCCCAAAUCUCCCUCUCGGUCAACUAUAUCUUCAUUCUCAUUCGAUACCCCACUCUCCUCCCCUCCCCUUUCCCCUACCACCACUUCACCGAGUACGAUGUCUCCGGCGGCUUUGAAGAGAUUAGGUGCGGAAGCUGCGCCUCCUGCUGCUCUUCGAAGACUUGGGCUUGGAGGGGCUGGUUUUGAGAGUGUGGGUAGGAGAAGGAAGGUGGUGAGGAGGACGAGUUUGUCGUCUGUUGAGAGUGUUGGUUGUUCUGAUGAGGAGGGUGAGAUGACGAAGCGGAGGAAGCCUAUCCCUGUGGAGAUGUUUUUGAGGGUGUAAGGGAUUAUAUCCCAUUCGCUCGUUUUUUUUCCCCUUUUUUUCUGUUUCUGAUGUCUGCAUGACGCAUUCACGUUCUUUCUGUUUUUGUUUUUCUCUUGUAGCCAUAACAAUUCAUGGUGUUUCUUUUUUUCCACUCACUGCUGUAGCUCAUACACACGGAUGUCAUUUCUGUCCACCCUACUCAAGUAGACUCUUUAAACAAUGUAGCAUAUUAUUUUAUUCGUCGAAUUCGACGUUGUAUCUAUCUAGUCUUUUAAACAUUAUACUAUAUGUACUAUUUGAUUCAAAUAUCAUGUUAAUUCGCCUUGCAAG